ACAAUAUUUUCUUAAAAUUUUUGUGAUUCAGUCAAAUUAUUAUUAAAUUAGGUACUACCUAAAUAUUUAAAAAACUUCUUUGAUUUAUUUGUUUAAACCAGAAUAGUGAUUAUGAGUGCUGAAGAAAAUAUAUCACAGAUUAAUGAAAGAAUUAAAAAUAUUGACACAGAAAUAGAACGCUUGUCAGUCCUAAAAAGGAAAUUAAACAUUGCAAAAGAAAAACUACAAGAUAGAAAGUAUCUUGAACAGAGUAAUCAUUUAGCCAGUAAUGAUUGGAGCCAGGAAAACUACCCAUGGUCCAAUAAAAUAAGGGAAAACUUGCAGAGCGUAUUUAAGAUACAAACAUUUCGAAGUCAACAGUUAGAGACGAUAAAUGUAACUAUGAGCAAAAUUGAUGUUAUUCUCGUUGCGCCAACGGGGUGUGGAAAAUCUUUGUGCUUUCAACUUCCAGCCAUCACUGAAGCGGGUGUGACACUUGUCGUUUCUCCUCUAAUAUCUUUAAUGGAAGAUCAACUACAUGGAUUACGAAAAAAAGGAAUUUCAGCUGAAUUGUUAUCAAUGUCAACAGAUUCUGAAACUGUAAAUCGAAUUCAUAGAUUCCUGAACGACGCUGAUCUUUCAAAUAAACUGAAAUUACUCUACGUGACACCCGAAAGAAUGGCAAAAUCGAAAAGAUUGAUGAGUGCUCUUCAAAAAUGUUAUCAAAAAGAAAUGUUAGAACGAAUUGCUAUUGAUGAAGUACAUUGUUGUUCUAUUCUCGGACACGAUUUUCGACCAGAUUACAAGUAUCUCGGUACUCUAAAGAGUCUCUUUCCAAAAAUUCCAAUUAUAGGAGUUACAGCUACUGCAUCGCGAAGAGUUAUUAUCGAUGUCCAGAAAAUGCUUAACAUUCGAGGAUGUCUUGUCUUAAAUGCUCCAUUUAACAGACCAAAUUUGUUCUAUGGAGUUAUUGAAAAACCUAACGAAAAUGAUGCUGUUUAUGAUCUUCUUUCAAAUUUGUUAAAAAUUCGAUAUAAAAACAAGUCUGGAAUAAUUUACACAUUUUCAAUUAAGGAUACGGAAACACUUGUAAGUGAAUUACUCCAAAGAGAUUGUAAGGUCAGAGCAUAUCAUGCAUCUUUGGAAGCGAAUCAAAGAUCCAAGGUUUAUCAAAAAUGGAUGAUGAAUGAAAUUCAAGCCGUUGUUGCCACAAUUGCUUUUGGUCUUGGAAUUGAUAAACCAGAUGUUAGAUUUGUUAUUCAUCAUGUUAUGUCAAAAUCCAUAGAAAACUUUUAUCAGGAAACAGGAAGAUGUGGUCGUGACGGAAAAUAUGCUGAGAGCGUACUCUUGUAUAAACUUGGUGAUAUUUUCAAAAUUUCAACGAUGACUUUUGUAGAAACAAACGGUUUGCAAAACGCUUAUUCUAUGGUUGGAUAUUGUAUCAAUGGCAAAAACUGUCGUCGUGAUAUUUUCUCGAAGUUCUUUACUGAGGUUUGGAGUGACAAAAAUUGUGGAAAAAUGUGCGAUCACUGUUCUUUCAAUAGUCGGAGUCGAAAAAUUAUGCCGCCUGUAACAAACAUCACAAGCCAUUAUCGAACUCUGUUGAGAAUAAUUGAAAACGCAAGAGGAAUGGAUAUUAAGCUAACUGCACUUAAGCUUGUUGAUGCUUGGUUCCAUAAAGGACCUACUAAACUGCGACUAGAAAUUUCCCCACCCGCUAUUGAUCGCAAUUUAGGCGAGCAAAUUGUGGCAUUUCUAAUUAUAAAUCACUUUUUAGAAGAAGAUUUUCAUUAUACCGCUUAUAAUACGAUUAGUUACAUUAAAAAAGGUUCAAAAUCAACACAAGAUGAAAUUGAUUAUCAACCUUCGAGAAUUUGUGAAUUACCACUGGUUACAGAACUUGAAGAUAUCUUUAAUGCUUCUCACUCAAGAUCUUAUGAUGAAGAGCCUGAAAGUCAUCUGAGUCAUGCUACAAAGAAACAACGAAUAUUUAUCGACGAUACAGACAGUUUGAAUGACAGCUUCAUAAAUAAUUUACUAAAAGAUGCUGAAAUGAAAAAGCUUAUCGAUGAAAGAAUCGAUCUGAAAGUGCAAAAACUGUUAACAGCGAAUGAUAGAGAAAAGCAAAAACCUAAUGAAAAAUCUUUAAAUGCUUUGACUGAUCAAUUAGAUUCAGAUCAUGAUGAUGUUAUCGAAGUUAUUCCUAAAGUAAAACCUGAAGUCAUUGAAAUUGAUUAAUACGAAUUAUAAUUUUAAUAAAUUUUCUGGAUUUUAUAAAGAAAACAAAUUUAAUUCUAGAUGAUUGCUGACUUCAUAAUGCUUCUCAUUUUUUAAAAUAAAUUUUUCGUUGAGCUCCCUCAAAAAAAAGGAGUAUGUUUAACAAAUUAUGGUAUGUUCAAUAAAUAAGAGUAAAUUCAAUAAACUUAGGGGGUGAACAAUCAGAC